AUGCCAAAGCACGGCAAUUAUUCCCGCUAUCAAAAAGAAAUUGCCCAACUUCUCAAUGGCGCCUUUUACGAUCAGCCAUCCAUUGAAUCGGAUAGUGUUGCUGUUACUCGCUCACUACUGCUUGCGGUGGAUGAAGCCAUUCACGGAGGUCAAAACGUGAACACUCAAGCCGGCAGCGCUGGUAGUGAACCUGCUCGGAAGGCAAGUAGCCGGGAUUCACGCAAUGCCAAUUACAACGCUCCGACAGCCAGCAACCAGGUCAGUGCUAGUCUAGGUGGCAGGACACCGAAUGGCGGCUAUCUACGAGGAAAUGAUUCAGAAGGCAGCAACCAGCGUGUUCUUCGAGUCGGUAACUUUAUCUUUGGGUCCUUCAAUUGGAGACUCCUCUUGGAGGGCGAUAAGGUCUUUGUAGCCAUGAAGAGAAGCAUAUCUCACCUCACCAAACUCGGCAUACAUCUUCUCGACGAUUGUUGGAUCAAAGAGACCAGGCCACAUUUCGCAUCCCUAAGCGACAUGGAAGCUCAAAGACAAUGUUUGAUCAAAGGACGUUUCCCCGAAUUUAUGAAUUCGGCGCCUGGUCUCGAAGGGCUAAGCAUCUCCACCGGUCCAAACAAUUUUUGCCGUCUAAUGGUUGUCGUCGGCCUUUGCCACUGGCCUUUCUUGAAGACGGUUCGCUUUCAAGGUUUCAGAGUCGGUAUUCAUAGCCUAGAGGGAUUCUGUUCGAGACACUCUUCCACGCUUUCCAACCUCUCACUAGGGGAUCUUGAAGUGGAUGAAUCAUCGUCACAUCCAGGAAAAGCCUCUUCCUACACAGUGUUUACCACGAUUCGUGAGACCACGAAGCUAAAAGAAGCCAGCGUGUAUGGGGUCUUCGAUCUAAUAUCGCAGCUCUGGAACAUGGAUGACCAUAGAGAUGUCCGUCGCGCAAGUGGGACGCUGAUCGGACGAUACCUCGUGGGUGAAGGGGGCGAUAGCAGCCUCGAGGAUUACUUGAAGGAGGAGCGCUCAAGGAUUGCCGAGCAGGAAGGGGAAUCUUUAGUCAGCGACAUCGACGCGUCACAUAUGAACGUGUGGACAAGUGAGAGUGAGGAUUCUUUGAGCGAAAGCGACGGCUACGUAGGAACGGGAGCUCGAUUAUGGCCAUGA